AUGGCUGAGCGCCAGCAUAAUUUUUCUGCACGUUUGGAGGAGUUUACUGGCUCCAACUGGGCAUCGUGGUUCGGCCGGCUACAGUUUUUCUUCGAGGCCAACGAUGUGACUCACCCUGUCAAGCAACGAGCACACUUGCUUACACUGUGCGGUGCUCAAAUUUACGACGUGGUUUGUGCGCUGCUUCAACCGAAGACGCCCGACCAAGUGAGCUAUGCCGAGAUCGUGGCCGCACUUCAGGCACACUACGACCCUCGACCGUCCGAAGUCUACAGUCGUGCGAUGUUCCAAAGGCGAGAUCAGCUUCCAGGCGAGUCGGUAAACGACUACGUGGCCGCUCUACGCAAGUUGGCUACGAGCUGCAAUUUCGGCACGCUGCCGACUGCAACAACAGCUACGGCGACGCCAGCUGAGGGAACGGCAUCAGCAACACAGCAGGGAGCUACGGGCUGCAAUCCAACGCUUCUGCCACACCCUGGACGCAAUUGGUUUGACAAGCUGGGCAUCGAGCUUCACGGCAUUCACCAGACAACGGAGGAAGGCAGUUUGACCGAGUUGCUACAGAAGCAUGAAGACAUUUUUCGUGAAGACACCACAGGACACACGGGUGCGCCAGUGAAUCUGGAACUGAAGGAAGGGGCAAGCCCCAAGUUUUUGAAGGCACGGCCUGUGCUCUUUGCCAUGCGCGCAUCAACUGAGGCACAGAUUGACAAGUACGUAGAAGACGGUAUUUGGGAGCCAGUCCAACACUCAGACUGGGCUACACCGCUAGUAUGGGUGCGCAAAAAAGAUGGAAGCUUGCGCGCCUGCGGUGACUACCGCUGUACAAUGAAUGAAGCUGCGAAAAAGGCUUCAUACCCCCUGCCCACAACAGAGGAAGUGUUUAGCACUUUGAAAGGUGGCCGGGUGUUUAGCACCUUGGACUUGGCUCAAGCUUACACUCAACUUCAUGUGACUCCAGCGACAGCACAGAUUCUCACAAUAAACACUACAAAAGGGCUGUACAAGGUAAACAGGCUUCCUUUUGGCGUUUCAGCAGCCCCAGCAAUUUUCCAGCGGUUUAUGGAUACCACUUUGAGCGGCUUGCCGGGAGUUUGUGUUUACCUGGACGAUAUCAUCGUGACUGGAGCAACCGCGCAAGAGCACAAGGACCGCCUAGCGUCAGUUCUCCAGCGGCUGGCUCAGGCAAACCUACGAUUGUGCAAAUCCAAGUGUCAGUUUGGUGUGGCAGAGGUUAAAUUCCUGGGUCACAGGAUUGAUGCAGCAGGGAUUCACACAUCUGAGGAAAAAGUGGAAGCUAUCGUGAAGGCACCAGCGCCCACAAGUAAGCAGACACUGCAGUCAUUUUUAGGCAUGUUGGCCUUCUAUGAUCGAUUUCUAGAGCGUCGUGCUACAGUUGCAGCAACCCUGUAUGAACUUCUGGCUAAGGACAAGACUUGGAAAUGGGAGCAAAGGCAUCAAAGGGCGUUUGAUGAGCUCAAACGUUGCUUGUUGUCGAGGACUGUCUUGUCACACUAUGACGAAACCAAGCCCCUCUUGAUUUCGUGUGAUGCUUCACCUUAUGGUGUAGGUGCCGUGCUUGCUCAGCUGGACAGCCUAGGCAGAGAGGCACCGAUUGCGUUUGCAUCCCGGACAUUGGGUGCUGCUGAACGUAACUAUGCACAACUUGACCGUGAAGGUCUUGCUGUAGUCUUUGCAGCCACACACUUCCACAAGUACAUUGUGGGUCGAGAAGUCACGUUCGUGACUGACCACCAGCCGUUACUAGGGAUUCUCGGACCACGGAAGCCGGUACCAGAAAUGCUUUCGCCCCGAAUGAAAAGGUGGUGCCUUAAACUGUCAGCAUACAACUACAACCUCCAGUAUCGUGCCGGUAGUCGUCAUCAGAAUGCAGAUGCGCUGAGUAGACUGCCUCUGCCAGACCGCAUUGAAGAGCCUAACCCACCUGGAGACGUGCUCAUGUUCGAGGCGUUACCACGACCGCCGUUGACAGCUGAGGUUGUGGCCACACUAACGCAAGAAGAUCCAAUCCUAGCAGAGGUAUUUUCAGCAGUACAGAAUGGCACCGUGCAGCGUCUGCAGGGAGACAGUUUCACCCCAUACCGCAGAAGAGCCACUGAACUUGCUAUCCAUCGAGGAUGCAUCAGCUGGGGCUCAAGAAUUGUCAUACCGGCAGGAGCACGAGAACAGGCCAUUUCAUUAGUUCACGCAGGCCAUCGUGGAAUUGUAUCCAUGAAAGCUUGUGCACGCAGUUAUCUUUGGUGGCCUGGCUUGGACGCCGAGAUCGAAACAACUGUCAAGUCAUGCGACCAGUGCCAGCGCACCCAGAGCGAUCCAAAAAAUGCUCCAGUUCCAAAUUGGACGCAGCCAACGACACCAUGGCACACAUUGCACCUGGACUUUGCAGGUCCGGUAGAAGGACAUACCUUUUUGGUUGUUGUCGACGCUUUCACCAAGUGGGUGGAGGUGCGAUUGGUGAACAGCCCAGCAUCAACAGCAGUCAUUAGUGUGCUGCGCUCUUUGUUUGCCACAUUUGGCAUACCACGCAAGGUUGUGUCGGACAAUGGGUCUGCAUUUGUGUCUUCCGAGAUACAAGACUUCUACCAGAGAAAUGGCAUUCGAAGCGUAACGUCAGCCCCUUACCAUCCUGCUACAAACGGGCAAGCAGAACGUUAUGUUGGGGAACUGAAGAGGGCACUGGCCAGAGAACCAUCCGGUUCGCUCAGUGUUCGCUUGUCACGUUUUCUGUUUCGGCAGCAUACCACGGUACAUCAGUCAGCCGGGCUAACACCGGCUAAAGCCAUGUUCGGGCGGGAGCUGCCAAACCAGUUGGACCUCAUCAUUGCAUCGGAAGGACAGGAGGCUGCACAACCUGACCUACCCAAGAUUCGUCAACUCAUUCAAGGAGAAGCCGUAUGGGUAAAACAAUUCGGCAAGGGGCCAGACUGGACAGAAGGAACUCUCGUUAAAAGGAAGGGCCACAGAUCCUGGCUUGUGAAAUGCGCAGGAAGAAUUGUUAGACGCCAUCUAAACCAGCUCAGGAAGCGCACUGGCGAAGUUAGGCUGGACAGACAAGCCUCAGCAACGCUCACGUGGGGCAUGGACAGUAAUCCAGCGGAAAGCACACCAGCUAUGCCAUCUUCACGUCCACUCGAAUCCGAAUCGAGCAUACCGAAACGACCAGCACGGAUCAGACGGCAGCCUACUUGGUACAAGGCAUCCUUCUAA